AUGUUUUGCGCCACGCUGGUUCUAUCGGUGCUGCUCUUUUCCACAGGGGAGGGCCUGAACAAGGAUGCGAUCAAGCCUUUGCUUCACCAAGACAGGCAAUUGGAGGAUGGCCCGCCGCUGGCGUUCAGUGUGGAAGCUUUCCUGGGAGAAGUCUGCCCCUCACCCGCAUCUCUGAUCCAACUGCUUGAGUCCACAUCCGACGCUGGCCGGAUCCAGAUCUUCAGCGGCCGAUACUGCCAGAACUUGAGUUUGGAGGAGUUCGAGCUGGUACUCCGCGAAGUGUCUUCCGGCACAUUCUAUUCCAGGUUGCGCCUGGAGUUCUGGAAGACUCUGGCGGAUCCCGUAGCACAACGCCUCGGAAAGACAAACUUCUCGGAGUUUGUGCAGAAGAUGCACACGAACUCCGCCGACUUGGUCCAGUCCUGGCCGCAGUUGGCAGUGACUUUGCUCAGGGUUCUCCGUGCAGCCUGCGGACCCCGAGCUACAGCCAGGCCGAUUGAAAUGGGGCUUGGACUCGUCACAGCGCUUCGGAUUGCACAGGGACUGGGCGAGGAAUCAUCGGAGCUGCAGCAUGAGGUGGAUGCCUUGGCAAGGGCCAUCCGAGAGACGAAGUUUCAAGGUACAGUUGACCUAGUUGCUUGGAUGCCUGCAUUUGAAGCCCUGGCGGGUGCGGCUGGCUUGAAAGAUGCCUCUCAGCUGGCAGCAGCUCUGCUGCACCAAGCAGGCAUACAGCAGCUCUUGGACCUGCUUGGUGCCCGGCCAUUUCCUACCUGGCCCUUCCAAGACUUGUUCCUCGCGCACGCCCAGGACGUAGCUUGCAGACACUAUCAGCGUCAGGCAGCACAAGCCGCAGCAAAGUUGCUCGACGACCUGGAGCGAUGUGCCACCGCAGAGAACACGACCGUGUGUGUGCGCCUGAUGGCAUGCAUCGCCAGCCUCAGCGUGGACGAGUGGCAGAGAGCCAUCGUGGACGAGGCGUGCUUGCGCUUGCCGCGCUGGUGUCGGUUUAAAGUGGAGCGCAUCAAUGAACUUCAUCAAAGACUGCGCAGCCGGCUACAGGAGAUUUACCUGCAGGUCACCACUCUGGUGCUGCCAAUGAGUGACUUACGGGAUUUGGCUCGGGCUGGGAAACCUUUCUCUAGCGCCAUCCGUUUGUUUGGGCUGGAGGACUCAGGAUUUGCAGAUGCACAGGCGCGCCUGGAGAAGCUGUGUCAGUCCCGAGAUUCUCUGCAGCUGUUUCACGUGGUUGCUGCUUGGCAUCCAUACUUGUCGAAGCACUUGGAAUCGAAACUUGGGACAGUAAAGCAGAUGAUGUCUGCUUGGGAGAGUACUCCAGCAAAGAGCUUGGAAGAGAAAUGCGAAGAGAUGAUGCGAGACUUGCCGCCACGAGUGGUCGUCCAUGCCUUGGAUGCCUCAGCACGCGCGCGCACGGCCGCUCUCAACGAUGUCAUCGACAGGCAUGCACGCUCGAUGCCUCAGCUGCCUGACUUUGUGGCAGACCUGCGUGAAGAGUGGUCGCAGCUGCUAAAGUCGCUGCAGAGUGGAGACAUCAGUGUCGCGCGGGUGGAGGCAAAAGCAAUUCUCCGGCGCGGAGACGAUGAGAGAGUGCUGCACUCCUGGCUCCGAGAAGAGAUCCGACUCUGGGAAGGUUUGGAGCCAGGGACUUCUUGCGGAGAGCAGGGCGUGCAGCGCAUUGCCCAGGAUCUUGUUGCCCUGGACCAAUUUGGCGGCUUUCGUGACCUGGUGAACGGUGUGGGCAGCUUGCUGAAGGAGCUGCAGAAGUUUGAUCAACUCGUGGCAGAUGACGACCUGCUCCGCGAGUUCUCGAGGAUGCAGGGCCAGGUGAAGAAGUUCGACCCAGAAUCCGUCGCCCUGAAGAUGAUGAAGAGCUAUUCCCACUCCAGCGUCGUGGGAAUUCCCGUGCGCUCCCCACAGGCCGAGGCCGUCCAAGCCCUUGUUCGUGUUGUUGGUCGAGGAAGGUCGCUAGCAAGCAUGAUUUUGGACAGCGAUCCGGCUUUGGCAUUCCUGAAGGACAAGAUCAGAUUCCAGGAGCUGGAAAUCAUGGUGCGCGAGAACGCCACCGACCUCCAGACCUCCCAACGCCAGGCGCUGCACGAGCUGGCUGGACUGAGGCCAUUCCUUGAGGACGUUCUCAUGACAGGUGGACACUCGAUUGCAUCUUUGGCUGAGGCAAUUGGCCAGCACAUUGCAGAUGAGCGACCCGGUUCAGGGCAUUUGCUGCAGCUCCUGGGGCGAGCUGGCGAGCUCAUUGAUAUAGUCGGCCGCGUUUACAAGGAUCUCUCGCAAGACGUUCGUGGCAGAGAUGCUUCACUGAUCCAGGACAUGUGGGGUGGGACGUGGGAAGUUGGUGAUGAAGCUCGUCUGUUGUUGCCCUCGCAGCUGUCGUGCAGCUAUGAAGAGCUAUGCAGAGUGCGCGAUCGCCUGCUCUUGGAUCAGGAAUUGGGUGAUGCUCUGGACACGGCAGCCUGCGAACGAAAGAUGCGCGCGGACACGUUGCACCUUCUUCUUCAGGUCACCGACCAGCUUGUGUCGAAGAGAAAGGCCUUGAAGCAGAGGGGACUACGAGUUCCCGGGAGCAGCACAUUCAAACUCAGCAAGUCCUUGCAGAAGCCAUAUCCGGUGAUCGAGCAGAUGAGCGCUUGCCUUCUCGAGUGGCAGGAUAGCCUGACGUCCUGGGAAGCUGUGGACAUGAGCUCGCGGAUUGCGAAUCCAGUUUUGAACCUCUUCACGCAGUCCAACAUCCGUGCGCUCACUUCUCCGGAACUGCCUGAGAGUGAUCUGGAAUCCCUGCUUUGGAAUUGGGAUGCCACCUUGCAGAGACGUACAGAGCCAGAGCGGUUGCAACGCAUUCGAGAUAGGCUGAUGCCACCGAAGACGAUGGUCGACUCUGCUUUCCGAUGGUUGCAUGCAAAGUCCCUGACCUACAGGCAUUCUGCCAUGGUGGAGCGGGAGGCCGUGUUGCUGCAGACGGUGGCACGGGCACUGCCUCAGCGACAGCAGGGCGCAGGCAGGAGUUCAACCAUACCCUCAUAUCUCAAGCAAGCCGCGCCGAACUUGAUCCUGGUGCCAGAAAAUGAUGUUAUGCCUGCCGUCCUAUCCAUGUUCCAUGAUGCACAGGGGAGUAUGCCCCAGGCAAGCCAGGUGCUUCUCUGCCUUGGCAUGGACGAGCUCUACCAGGAGGAGAAUUUGCGCAUCUUUCUCCUGCGCUGCAUGCUCUCUGCAACUGGUGCUCUUCAUGUCCUCGUGCUGCCAGAGUUCCUUUCCACGUCAGCUCAAGAGUAUUUCGUGGCCUGCUGGCAGCGACUGGUUGGCGAUCUUCAGACAUCCGCAGGCAGAGGCAAGUAUCUUCUCGCCAUUGCAGGGUCCAGCAGCCGCAACAGCCUGCUCUUUGAUGCCUUCCGUGCCCAUCAGAGGGAUCCACCGCAACUGCAAGUCGAAAAGCUGAGAAGGCAGCUAGCAAAUCAGUGCAAGAUCGUGUGGUCCAGGAACGCAUGUGAAGGAAAGUCGACUUUCAUCCGGCAAGACUGUGCUGGUGGACAGACGGUGGUCGCCGUCAAUGAGACGACCUCCGACUUCGAGAUCAUCUGCCGCUUGCGCGAGUGCAGACGCUGGUGCUCCGCGGCGAUUACAUUUGCCCUAUCACCCUUGGUGUCUGCACUGAGGGUGGACACGUUGCUGUUCCGCACGCUGGUCCUUCACCAGCUUUCCUACGCCGAUGGCAAGCCCUACCGCCUUGGUCAAUCUAGGAUGACGUACGUCGAAAUCCCCAACGUGCUCCAGAGCUCAUCAUCGCCGGCCCUCGGCAGCUUCGCGAAGCUGGUGACAGUGUGCGAAAUUCGCAUGUCAGCCGAGAGACUGGCUCUUCAACAUGGAGAUUUGGCCCAGGCUUGCAGCUAUCUCUGGGCGCUGGAGCAGCCCCGCUGUCGCGUGGAUCAGGACCCAUGGCCUUGCCCGCGCUUCUCAUUGAGACCGGAGCAGUGUCUCAGAUUGCUGGAGGCCUACGGUCCAGAAGUGGAGAACGGUACACCUGCACUGCGAGCAGCGCCUGUGCUGCUGGUGCACUUUGCCAGAAUCGUCUGCCAGACGUUUGAGCCGGCUGUGCGCGGGUUGCAAGGCUUCAGUCGUCACGCGCAGGCAUCGCAGCGGCUGAUGCAGAAGCUGCGCAGCCUGGCAGCGCAGCUUGCUGCACGCCACUUGCUGCAGAAGUCGUUUUUGCCAGAGCAGGCGCAGAUACUGCAGCUACCACCAGACGAAGGUCGAUCAUUCCGGCUGCUGAAGACGUGGGGCGAGCAGCUGAUGAUGAUACCUUGUCAGGAAUGCCGCACUCGGAAGAAGACGCAUGACACCCACGUCUCGGGCUUCAGCCCAAUUGUCCGUGCCUUGGGCUACUGGGAGAAGCAGCCCAACAGCAAGAAGGAGAAGGCAGAUUGGGAGAAGGUCGGGUUCUGGAUCGCAAAUAUCUCCGAGGAAAGCAGAUCGUCAUCAGAGCCUGGGGAGCUGGAGAUCUUGUUGAACAAUCUCUUGGGGGUCUGCCCGGACCAGGGGCUGCUAGCUUUCGCACUCAAGCAUCUGGAUGCUCAUCCAGGUCUGAAGGGUUUUGCACUGACCGUGGACACUGUACUGAAGAUGACGGCUCUGUACAUACGCAUCAACUCGGGUGUGCCGACGGUGCUGAUGGGGGAGUCCGGCUGUGGCAAGAGUGCGGUCAUUCGGUACUUGGCGCUCUUCUGUGACAUUUCGGCUUUCGUGCUGGAUGUGCAUGGCGGUCUUGCAGAGAAUGACAUUGUUGAGUUUGUCUCUGAAGCCGUUGCCGCAGCCUUCAGCAACCCAGCUGGGAAAGUCUGGGUCUUUCUGGAUGAGAUCAACACGGCCAGCUGCGUGGGCCUCUUCCGUGAGCUCGUUUGCGACAGGUCCAUGAAGGGCACCGCCCUUCCCCCCAACCUGAGAGUCUUCGCAGCCUGCAAUCCCUACCGCGACUCGAGGUCUCUGAUCAUGUGCGCAUGGGACUUCGGAAUGCUGAGCGUGGCGGAAGAGCGGCGGUAUGUGCAAGCCAUCCUCCGGGAACUUCCUUUCGGGGAUACAGAGUGGUUCCUCCGGAACAAGCAGGACAUUGCUGCCGUCUCCCUCCGCGACGUGCGCCGCGUUGCCAACUUGGUUCCCUACUAUCUGCACAAGCUACAGCACCAGAACGACCGACGUCCAUCCGAGGAACAGGAAAGCCGGCAAGGGCUUUUGCUGAAAGCGUUCUACGUGGCCAUCUGUCUAUGCUACUGGUUCCGUCUCAACACGAAUCACCGCACGGCCUUGCUUCAAGAGAUCCAAAAGGAGCUUGAGCGAACCUGGACUGCGGAAAGGAUACGAUUGAAUGACGGUCGCUGGCGUAUCAAGGAGGCGAUGGAGGAGUACUGGACAGAGCUGCCGUGGGACUGGUACAAAGCCACCUUCAUUGAGGACUGCAUCUUGAGGGAUUGA